CAGCCGCACACACACAGCCAGGACAGAGCAGCAGCCCCAGCCCGCCGGCCGGGGCAGCUGUGCCGAAGCAGGAGAGCGGGCUUUAACAGAGCGCGGAGGAAAGGGCUCGUUCCACUCCCCCGGCAGGGCAGCAUGAAGCCGGAGAACUUCCCCGAGGAGAAUGGCUUCGGGGAGGGAAGGGAUGCUGGCCAGGGCGAUCUCACACCCGGGAGCUGCCAGAAGAAACGCCGCUGGAUUCCGGAAAACUUCUGGGAGGACGUGAGGCAGCUGCUGGUGCUGGCGGGGCCGCUGAUCCUGAUCCAGCUGCUGAUCUUCCUGAUCCACCUUGUCAGCUCCAUAUUCUGUGGCCACCUGGGCAAGGUUGAGCUGGCCUCUGUCACGCUGGCCAUCGCUGUUAUAAAUGUCACUGCCAUCUCUGUAGGUUACGGUCUGACUUCAGCGUGUGACACCUUGAUAUCCCAGACCUAUGGCAGCAAGAACCUGCUGCGUGUGGGGGUGAUCCUGCAGCGUGCCACCAUCAUCAUCCUCCUCUGCUGCUUCCCCUGCUGCGCCAUCCUCAUCAACAUCGAGGAGCUGAUGCUGGUCAUGCAGCAGGAUCCCGAGGUCUCCAGGUUGACCCAGCACUACGUGAAUGCGUUUCUCCCUGCCCUCCCGGCGGUUUUUCUGUAUAACCUGGAGACAAGAUACCUGCAGAACCAGAUGAUCCUGUGGCCACUGGUGCUGAGUGGGGUCAUCGGCAACAUCAUCAACGUGGCUGCAAACUACGUCCUCCUCUACGUGUUCCACCUGGGCAUCACGGGCUCUGCCUGGGCCAACACCAUCGCUCAGUAUUCACAAACCAUUUUUUUGUUCCUGUUCAUCAUAGGCAGGAAACUCCACUUGAACACGUGGGGAGGCUGGUCCAGCGAGUGUCUGCUGGAGUGGGACAGCUUCACCUCCCUGGCUAUCCCCAGCAUGCUCAUGAUGUGCAUCGAGUGGUGGACCUAUGAGAUUGGGAGCUUCUUGAUAGGCCUGCUGAGCGUUGUCGAGCUCUCCGUCCAGUCCAUCAUCUAUGAGGUGUCUGUUGUGGCUUUCAUGAUCCCCCUGGGGCUGGGCACAGCUGCUGGUGUGCAGGUGGGCAACGCGCUGGGCGCCGGCGACAUCGAGGCGGCCAAGAGAUCCUCCAGCACCAGCCUGAUCUGCACAGGGGUGUUCUCCGUAAUUGUGGGGUCCAUUUUAGCUGCCACAAGGAAUGUGCUGGGAUACAUCUUCACCGUGGACAAGGAAAUCAUUGACUUGGUGGCGUGGGUCAUGCCUGUCUACGUUGUCUUCCACCUGUUUGAAGCCGUGAAUGGUGCCUGCAGUGGGGUGCUCAGAGGAGUCGGGAAGCAGAAAUUCGGUGCCAUCCUCAACGCCGUGAGUUACUACGGUGUGGGCAUGCCCCUGGCAGCUGUGCUGCUCUUCGUGGCCAAGAUCGGCGUCAUCGGCCUGUGGAUCUCAAUGCUCAUCUGCGUCUUCAUCCUCUGCACCUGCUUCAUCACCUACAUCUCCCGCCUGAACUGGGAGAAGGCAGCUAAGGAGGCUCAGCGCCGGGCGGGAGUGACCCAGCUGCCACCACCAGAGCUGCCGAGCCUGGGCCCUGAGCCCUCCUGCAAGGAUCUGGACGUGGGACCAGCCCCCCAGCCCCACACUUACCUCCCUGCCAGGGCAGUGUUGGGGUCUGUCGCAGGAAUAGAAGUGCAGGAUGACGUCGUGCUCACGGGCAUCACCAAGACGGAGGGAGCCACGCAGCAGCUGGAGCUGCGGGAGGCCACCCCCGCUCCGGCCACCCCCGUGGUCACCAAGCAGCUCAUCCUGCGCCGGGGGCUGGCGGUGGCCGCAGCCGUGGCCGCGCUCGCCCUCGGCAUCGCCAUAAAGCUGAUCAGCAGCACAGGCUGACUCGCACCAAGGACUUUGGGGACUUGUUUUUGGGGUGAAAGCCUUUCCUGAGGGACAGGCGUACAAAGCACGGACCAGCCAGCGAGAAAAUGGAGCGCACGCCUGUCCCGCAGGAGCCAAAGGGCUUCUGUCAGGGCUGAGCAGCGUUUGUGCAGGUACUGAUUGGGAAUGGGGCCCUGAGGCUGCCCUGGCACCCAAAAUGCUGCUCUGGGCUGCCUGAGCGUGUGGGGCACCCCUGGGCCACACUGCCACCACCCACUGGAGCUGAGCACAGCCCAGCUCCCCCUGCUGCUCCAUGACAAAUGCCCAAUAAAGAAUAAACCUGGCUGGAGUGGGGCUGGCUCCUUGGGGUGGAGGCUGAGGGCAGGGCUGGGGCCAGAGCAGGGAACAUCCACACGUGGGUCUUGCCCUGCCCCAUGUGCCCUUCGCAGUAAAGCAAAGGUUUUAUUCAGCAAGGGUCAAGGUCAAGCGCUCAGUUACAAGUUUGGAGGUAAAAGACUACCCAUAAACGAAUAAAACCCUGAAAUUUAGUUACAGAGGAGAUGGCUGUGGCUGCUCUACCACUCUGGCUGAGGAUGCCCCAGACCUGGGACUCCAGUUGCAGCAGUGCCCCUGUCUUUGCCCCAGUAGCCCCAAAUGCAGCAGCACAACAGUCCCUGGAACUUCUCAAGUCCUUGGGACAUUAUGACCACAGCUCAGGUCGCUUUUGUCACCACCUCUGGUGGCCUUUGCACACCUUGGAUGGCUAAAGGUGGUUUCUCUGCAAGGAGCAUCACCCAUUCAGUCAUGAGGCCCUUGAAGGAUGAGAUGCUGCAGGUUCUUCGAGGCUCCUUCCCUCUGCUCUGGGGAUAACCAGCCUGGGCUGUCCCCUGCAGUGAGACCCUCAUUUUCCAGGCUUAUCUCUGUGAUGAGGGCUUCCUCUGGGGAUCAGGUGAGGUGUUACACAGAUAACAGGCUCAGUAACGACUGGCUUUGUUUAGACACCCUUGUGACAAACACUCCCACGUUCCCUGGAGUUUUUAGAGGAGCUACUGUUUACAAAGCAUGGUGGAUGCUGU